AGCAUGGUGACAGAGGGAGUGAAGGCCGGGAGGUGGCAGACCGUCCAGGGCCACAUGCAGUCUGGAGGACUGAGACCCAGCAACUUUGGGGAUCCAGUCCUAUCCUAUGCAUCCACUUUGGAGCACAUCCCCUCUGGGCCCGCCCGGCCUCGGACGCUCUUGCGCCAGCAGAGUCUUCAGCAGCCUCUCAUCCACCCGCCGGGCCCCGGUCUCGCCCAUCCUCCCACCACAUCCCAGAGCUUGGGACAAUUACACACUGCACCUGGACAGCCAGGGGGAGGCGGGGGUGCUGGGCGAGGAGAGGGAGGUGGAAGUGGUGGUGAGGGUGGGGGUGCAGGUACGCGAGGCGGUCCCCGGGGUGCGCGGGGCAGCCCAGCAGGAGCAGGUGCCUCUCACUAUAGGGGAGGUGGAGCAGCAGGGCGCUCACGUGCCAAUCCGGGCAGCUGGGAUUACAUGAUGGACCAGAUGCGGAAUCGAGGCCUGGAUGUCAAGUCCUUCUUUGAGGGGAAGAUGGUGGUCCUGGCUUUGGCCAUUGGUGUGGCCGAGCAAGAUGACUUUGCCAAUAUCCCUGACCUGCAAGAAACAGCGCAGGCAGCACCGCCGGCCAAUCAGGAGCCCCCUCCUGAGAAGAGGGGCAACAAACCAGCUAACAGCCCCAAAGGCCAACCCCCUGAUGCUGACGGUCACUCCUCCGUAACUGACCUGGCCAAUUCUCUCACCGGAGAUAUGGUGAUGUUGUCCCCAGGUUCGGAGGAUGAUGACGGUGAAGGGCCCAUCAGUGAGAAGCUGGGCCGGAUCCAGUUCAGCAUAGGUUACAGCUUCCAGAACACGACUCUCACUGUCAAAGUGCUCAGGGGCCAGGACCUCCCGGCCAAAGACUUCUCUGGCACCUCUGACCCCUUCGUCAAGAUCUACCUGCUGCCUGACAAGAAGCACAAGCUGGAAACCAAGGUCAAGAGGAAAAACCUCAACCCCCACUGGAACGAAACCUUCCUUUUUGAAGGCUUCCCGUAUGAGAAGGUGAGAGAGCGCACUCUCUACCUUCAGGUGUUGGACUAUGAUCGCUUCAGCAGGAACGACCCCAUCGGAGAGGUGUCGAUCCCUCUCAACAAGGUGGAACUGGGCCAGAUAAAGACCUUCUGGAAGGAGCUCAAGCCCUGCAGUGAUGGCAGCGGGAGACGAGGAGACCUGCUGCUGUCACUCUGUUAUAAUCCCACUGCCAACACCAUCACUGUGAACAUCAUCAAAGCUCGCAAUCUCAAAGCCAUGGAUAUCGGUGGCACCUCAGAUCCAUAUGUGAAGGUGUGGCUGAUGCACAAGGACAAGCGUGUAGAGAAGAAGAAGACGGUGACAAUGAAGCGCUGUCUGAACCCCAUAUUCAACGAGUCUUUCCCCUUCGAAGUGCCCGCCCAUGUGCUGAGGGAGACCACCAUCAUCAUCACCGUCAUGGACAAGGACAGGCUCAGCCGCAACGACGUUAUUGGCAAGAUCUACCUAUCAUGGAAGAGUGGACCGGCGGAGGUGAAGCACUGGAAAGACAUGCUCGCUCGGCCGCGUACUAACGUUGCCCAGUGGCACGCUCUCAAGGCCUGAUCGCGCCGCCCAG